GUAAGCCUCUCUCCGCUGCCUCGACGAUCUCUACGCGUCCUCCAACAUGGCCUCACGAACAGAACUCCUCGGAUGGCUAAAUGACCUACUACAAAUCAACUACACGAAAGUCGAGCAAUGUGGCACGGGGGGCGCGUAUUGUCAGGUCAUCGACUCGAUAUACGGCGAUGUGCCAAUGACGCGCGUCAAAAUGAACGCGAAACACGAAUACGAGUACAUCGCCAACUUCAAGGUGCUCCAGAACAUCUUCAAGGCGAAGAAGAUCGAAAAGCCGAUACCCGUCGAGAAGCUCGUCAAAUGCAAAAUGCAGGACAACCUCGAGUUCCUGCAAUGGAUCCGGCGGUUCUGGUCCGAGAACUAUCCGGGCGACCUCGACAACCCGUCCUCGACGUACGACGCCGUCGGCCGCCGCCGCGGCGCGCCGGCCGACACGCCAGCCACGAUUGCACCACUCGCCACGACCACACGAACCGGCGGCGGGCUGACGGCCGGUGCGGCGGCGCGGACGGGCGGCAAGACGCCGCUCGGGCGUCGGCCGGGGAGCACGCAGCCGAACCAGAGCGAGGCGGUGUUGGCGCUGCAAGCGCAGCUGCGGGAGAUGGGCACGCACAUGGAGGGGCUGGAGAAAGAGCGCGACUUCUACUUCGCGAAGCUUCGCGAUAUUGAGAUCUUGGUGCAGCAGCAGCUAGAGGUGCUCGAGGGACAGGGUCAAGACGAUGAGACGCUCAAGGAGAUCCAGAAGAUUCUUUACUCAACAGAAGAUGGCUUCGAGGUACCCGAAGGCGGCGCCGUAGACGAAGAAGAAACGUUCUGAACCUGAAUUUCACAACGUCGGCGCCGAUUCCAAUCCCUCAAGCCCCCGCUCCGUCCGGGGCUCUGCGCCCAUGUACAUUUCUCAUCUCCUCCGUCGUCGCAGUGUUGUUUGCUCUUAUCAGCUAAUCGGAGCAUGCGGAACAUAUAGGUUCAUCCUUUAGUCACCCUCCUUUCCAUACUAAGUACAUCCACCAUCGUUGCUAUCGUACCCUAGAAACAUUUGAUUAAAUUGAGGAAGUCACUUGGAUUCCGUCAUCCCC